AUGAUGUCUCGUUUAGAAGCUAAGAAGCCAUCGUUGUGUAAAACUGAACCAUUGACAAGUGAGAGAGUCAGGUCCACACUUUCUGUCUUGAAAGGAAUCAUAGCCUCAUGCUACGGCCCUUCAGGGAGGCUGAAGCAGCUGCACAAUGGCUUAGGAGGUUGUGUGUGCACAACCUCACAGUCCUCAGCCCUGCUUCGCAACCUUUCUGUCACCCAUCCCAUACUAAAGGUCCUAACAGCAUCUGUGCAGAAUCACGUGUCCUGCUUCAGUGACUCUGGCUUAUUUACAGCCAUUCUUUGCUGCAACCUAAUUGAAAAUACUCAGAGAUUAGGUUUGGAGCCCACGACUGUUAUUAAGUUAAAUAAAUACCUCUUGAGUGUCUGCACCAGUUAUCUGAAGUCUGAAGCCUGUAGUUGCCGAAUCCCAGUUGACUUCAGUAAUACACAUACCCUUCUUGGCUUGGUACACACUAUCUUAACAAGCAAACCUGCCUGUAUGCUCACCAGAAAUGAACUAGAUCACAUCGGUGCUCUGGUUUUGAAAGCUUUUUUGCUUACAGUUCCGGAAAGUGUAGAAGACCGAAUCAUUUUAGGAAAGAGUAUAAUUGUUCCCUUAAAGGGCCAGAGAGUUAUAGAUUCUACUGUAUUACCUGGAUUACUCAUUGAAAUGUCAGAAGUUCAAGUAAGGAGAUUAUUGCCCACCCAAAAGUCAAGUGCCCUCAAGGUGGCACUCUUCUGUGUCUCUUUAUCAGGAGAUUUUUCUAACUCUGGAGAAGGGACUGUGGUGGUCCGGUACCAAGUGUCCCUUGAGAAUGCAGUUUUAGAGCAGUUGCUUAAUCUAGGAAGGCAGCUAGUUGGUGACCAUGUAGAUCUUGUUCUGUGCCAAAAAGUUAUACACCCAUCUCUUAAACAGUUUCUUAGUGAGCAUCACAUUAUUGCCAUCGACAGAGUUGGAGUGGCUCUGAUGGAACCCCUGAGCAAAGUGACAGGAGCAACUCCUGUUGGAUCCCUAAACACACUAGUUCCUACUGCUUAUGGAAGUGUGAAAAAUUUGUGCUCUGCAAGAUUUGGCUCCAAACAUUUUUUUCAUCUCAUUCCUAAUGAGGGGACUGUGUGCAGCUUGCUUCUCUGCAGCAGAAAUGACAGUGCCUGGGAGGAGUUGAAGCUCACAUGUCAAACAGCAAUGCACGUCUUACACUUAACGAUCAAGGAACCAUGGGUUUUAUUGGGCGGUGGCUGUACAGAAACACAUUUGGCUGCAUAUAUCAGAUACAAGGUUCAUAAUGAGGCAGAAGACGUUGUCAGAGAUGAUGGGUAUUCCCAGGCAGAGCUUCAUAUUGCUGCAGAAGCAUUCUGCAGUGCUCUGGAGUCCGUUGCUGGCUCCUUGGAACAUGAUGGCGGUGACAUCCUCAUUGACACAAAGUAUGGACACUUUUGGUCAUGUCCAGCAGAUUCUGCUUCUUUCAUUAACUGGACAGAUGUGCUGUCACGAUGUGGCUGUGGUUUGUACAACAGCCAGGAAGAUCUCAGCUGGUCUUUCUUAAGAAGCGCUUACCAUCCUUUUGCACCACAAACCUGCCUUCCUCAGGCAGUCGUGGACACAGCCAGCAACCUGACCGUUGACUGUUUCACCACUAAGUUGAGUGGCCUACAGGUGGCUGUAGAGACAGCCAAUUUGAUUUUAGAUCUUUCAUAUGUUGUUGAAGAUAAAAACUAAUAUAGAGAAUGGCAUAUUGAUGUUAUGAAACAAACUAGUUCAAGAAAAAUGCUUAGCAUAUUGUUCUUUACCAAAGGCCUAUUCUGCAUGGGUAGACAGAUGAUUUAUAAAAGUAUACUUAUAUCCUUAAGGAACUUAUGGUUGUUAAAUAGAAAUUUAUAGACUAGUAAAAAUUCUUGAUGCCAUUGCAUCAUCACCAUCACCCCACAUUUGAUGUCCUCACCACACAUUUAUGUUUGGAAGUUUACAAAUACUAAAGAUAGUGUGUCACCUAAGAAUAUGGGAAUUACCUUGUGCUGCUUCUCCAAGUUGCUCUCGUAAGGGUUGACCUUGAACCUUUCUCAGUGUCAGGAUGGGAAUCUUCACUUUGCAUGAUAAACAUUGUUAGUUCCUACACAUUUAGCUUUUUGUAAAACUUGUUUUUAAUAAAAUUGUUUGUGUUCCCUAAACUUGUAUAUAACGCUUACUAAGAAAUACUGGAAAUGCAGAUGAGCAUAGGUAACAUGUUCUUGUAGUCUCAAAUACUCAGGAGGCUCAGACAGGAGCAUGUUCAAGCUGAGCUUGAGACCUGCCUAGCCAACACAGCAUGAACCUGCUUCGUAGAAGACAAAGACAGGAAAGGAAGUAGAAGAUAACACUUCUCUAACACUUAAAGAAUAUUAUUCAAAUCUUGAUGGUAACAUGGUAAGAGAAAUCUUGAUGAAAACAAUUUCAGUGAAGCUCCUCUGGCAGAAAUAAAUAGAAGAAAAAAUAAAUUAACCAUAGGCACAUUGUUGUGAUUAAAAGUAAGAUAGAGGAGCAAGAGAGAUGGCUCAGCAGUUAAUAUCACCGGCUGCUCUUCCAGAGGACCUGGGUUCAGUUCCAAGCACAAACAUGGCAGCUCACAGCCUUCAUUUCCAGGGUAUCUUAACACCUUUUCUGAUCUACAAAGACCAGGCAGGCAUGUGGUGUACAGAAAUCCAUGCGGGCAAAACAUUCAUACAUAUAAAAUAAUAAUAAAGUAAGAUAGAGUUCUAUGAAGUAUUUUAGGAGCCAACAGAGCAAGAACCCUUGUUAGCUACAAAAGAAAAAAAAAUGAGGGGUGUGGGGAAGAGAGUACAAAAGAGAAUGAAGUCAGUGACUGGCCUGGAACUUUUGUGGGCCUCACAGGACUCAAGAGUAGUAAACCAAAAUGAGUCUAACAUGGUUAACAUCUUAAUAAUCAAAAGAAAUUAGAGUUGGAGCAGGAAUAAAGUAGAGAGCUAGAGCAAAUGUAUUAAAAGGCUUCUUUAGACAAAUGGUCUGAUGGCUAUCAUACUCAUAAUGCGUUAGAAGGACUCUGUAUGGUAGAUAUUUAAGACAUACUACACUACAAUGAAAUAGUUUGCACAAGGUACUUAGGUCAUGCAUUAAUGGUUUCUUCUGAUACAGCUAUCUUUAAACUCACUAGUUUUCGUAGACAUUACCAUGUUAAAAGAGAAGUAUAAUGUAUUUCUCUACCAACCAUCAUAUUUCAUUUACUAUUGAAUCAUCCUUUAGAUGACUUGUAAAUAAAAUAACAUUCUUUGACAUCACAUAAAUCAUGAAGGCUGUUGUGAAGAGUUUUCUGUAUAAAAUUUCAAUUAAAGAAAGGCUUAUCAAAGCAUUGCAUUAAGGUCUUUCUUUCUGGUACUAUCUGGGGAAUAGUAAAAGAGGUUAAAUAGGCCCCAUAGAUCAUUUCAGCUAAGAAAGUCUCUUAAUCUGAAGAAAGGGACAACUGAAUAUUUUUUGUCUUCAUUUUUUUAUGGAGUUAACAUGUUUACAUUUGCCAAUAGUUGUAGGUCAUAAUCCUUAUCAAUCUUUGCUACUUAUCUACAAAAUUCAAACUUGGAUGCUGCUAGCAUAUUAUCACCAUGUGUUUUGGAUUAUAAAUUAAUUUGUUCCUUUAGUAAUAAUUAUUUCACAAAAUAAUUGUUAUAAUAGUUAUUCACAAAAUAAUACUUGAAGACUACUCCUGUGUGUAGAUCAAGCUUUCUAUUGAAGAAGUAGUAAAUACACUGGUAUGCUGAGAACCAGGGAGUACUAUUACCUGUGAUAAACUAUGAAUUGGAGGUUUGAAAAUGUAUUAAGACUAUGCACAGAAGAAAUAGAGAUAAUGACCAUUCUAACUUUUUCCUAGAGCUUUUUUUCUUGAAGUACUGUUAUUUCAUUUUGAAAAUACUAAUUGAGUUUUUUGUUUGCCAAGCACUGUGGUUAAUAUUAGAGGGAGGAGAAUGAAAGAAACGUGAUAUUUGUUCACAGUUCUUUGUCUCAAGGAGCUAACCAGAAAUGGAUAGUUAUUAUUUUAUAGAAAGAUGUAUUUUUAUAGUUAUUGUAAACAUUAUGGUGCUGUAAUCAUAGAAAAUGUGGAAAAUGUAAACCUGACAACACACAAAAAGAAAAUAAAGCAUAGUGCUUGCUUUCAUGCUUUCUAUGUAA